CCCCCAUAUGUAUUUUGGCGUUGACUCUGUUACGUCAGCUGUUUCUCUGCUGUCCUGCAGUGUCCCUAUUUUUGUAGCUGAAAGUGUGAAGAACUGACUCUGUUGCAAUGGAAAAUCGGAUUUCGGAGAACAUUUCAGCUUGGAAAGCAUAGGAAAUUGUACAAUCCCACUCAAAUUAACCAAGGACACGGAAUUAAACGUCUCUGCUUGGUAACUACAUUUUUAUUUUCGGAUGGGAUGGAAGGACACUUCUGCGCAAGGGACUCUUAUGCAGUGGCUAGCAGCUAAUGUUCAAAUGCUAACUAUAAAAACAAUCAGCUAGCUACAAUAAACGAUUUGCAUGAACGUCAGCGAAUAAACUGACUUGUUUAGCAUAUACAAAUGCAUUCCGACAGUUUAUUGUAAUUUGUGUAUUUUACUAAAUCGAAUCACUUAAAAUGGAUUAAUGGAUAGUUGGCAAGCUAGCUAGCCAAUUAAGCUAGCUAGCUAUGGAUAGUUGCUGUUCUUGUGUUAGCUGACACGCUAAGGUUAGCUAUCCAAUUAGGUCAACAUAACGCUUGUCUUUGAAAAGCUUUUUUGUGUUGUGUUGACUCGUAUUUAAUGGUAGUCAUUACUAUAACGUUACCCCUAGCAUGGGAAAUAUAUCCCAGCAAGCUACUGUUAGCUAUCUAGCUAGUUGAUGGGUUAAGAUGUAACUUGACUUCCCAAUUAAGAUGUAGCACGAGACAGCUGAAAGUUAGUUUGCUUGAUAGCUCAGCUCAUUCCUCACAGGAAAUAUUGUAUUUUGAAACUUAUUGCAUGAGGGGGUGCCCAACAAGUCAGGCAAUCAUGUCUAGUAAAGCCAUGACUAAAGAGAAGAAAUCUGGUAGCUUCAGCAAGAAACUCUUCAGACGAAGCUCUGUGCGCUCCGUGGGUAGUUUUAUGGGCAGAGUCCUCAGGACCCUGUCAACCUUGUCCCAUUUUGGAUCAGACGGGCAUGCUAUUGAAGGUGACAAAGACGAUGGGGGUUUCACAUUAUUCAAAACGGGAGGCAAAGAUUCACCAGUUUUGGAUGAUAGUGACCGUUUCCUCGGAGAGAAGGUCCCUGGAGUGUCUGGUCUCAAAAACCAUGGUAACACUUGUUUCAUGAAUGCCAUCCUCCAGUGCCUGAGUAAUACUGAACUAUUUGCUGAGUAUUUGGCACUGGAACAAUACAGGGGAGUUGAGGAAACGGAUGAGGAGAAGGAGAAACCGAAGACAAACGGUGUGCAUUCGGGGAGGAAGGGCCCUCAUGACAGAGGCGAGGUGACAGAGCAGCUGUCUGGACUGGUCCGGGCCCUGUGGACAUUUGAAUACACCCCACAGCACAGCAGGGAGUUCAAAAAUGCCGUCUCAAAGAGCGCUUUGCAGUAUAAAGGCAAUGCUCAGCAUGACGCUCAGGAGUUUCUGCUCUGGCUUCUGGACAGGGUACACGAAGACCUCAACAACCAUCCCAACAACAGGCCUUCCAUUAAGCCACCAGUGGAAGAGGAUGAUGGGGGCCUAGAGGGGCCUUCUCUUCCGCUCUCAACCGGUUCAUUUGUGCAAGAGCUAUUUCAGGCCCAGUACAGGUCGUCGCUCACCUGCCCGCAUUGCCAAAAACAGAGCAACACCUUUGAUCCUUUCCUUUGCAUCUCCCUGCCCAUCCUCUUACCUCACACAAGGCCUCUGUAUGUGACAGUGGUCUACCAGGGGAAGUACUCUCACUGUAUGAGGAUCGGAGUGGCCGUGCCCCUGAACAGCACCGUGUCCAGACUCCGAGAUGCUGUGUCACGUGAGACCAAGAUCCCCCAGGACCAGUUUGUUUUGACGGAGAUGUACUAUGACGGUUUCCACCGCUCCUUCUGUGAUGACGACGACGAUCUCGAUAUCAUUCAGGAGAGCGACUCCAUCUUUGCCUUUGAGACGCCUGAGACCUUCAGACUAGAGAACAUUAGAACCAAGAGAGGGAGUCUCCUUGCCAACCUGAACCAGAACAACUUAAAGUUUGGGAGUGAGAUGAGCAGGACUCCAUCUUUCAUGCAAGGAGCUGUGAAUCCUGCCACUGCGUCGGCCAAUAAGAACACGGGGGUCGACAAGAUGAUCCUGCUUAUCUGUAACCGAGCCUGCACCGGUCACCAAGGGAGGAGGUUUGGUCUUCCAUUUGUACUGUACAUGGAUCGCACUGUGACCUGGGAUAUCCUGCAGAAGGAGAUCCUGGAGAAGAUGCAUCACCUGCUCAGGCCAGGAGUUUACAUUCAGGUGGGGCCCUUCAGCCUACGAGUGGUUGGUGUGGUUGGCAUCACGUACCUCCUGCCCCAAGAGGAGCAGCCUCUCUGUCACCCAACAGUGGAAAGAGCAUACAAGUCCUGUGGCCAGGGGGGACCGUCGCACGUCAAGAUAGUGGUGGAGUGGGACAAAGAGACCAAGGAUUAUCUGUUUGGGCUCAAUGAGGAAGAGUACAUCCCUGAUGCUGAGAGUGUGUAUCUGCACAGAGAGCAACACCAUCAGCCCCAGGCCUGCACCCUCGCUCAGUGCCUCCAGCUCUACACCAAAGAGGAGCAGCUGGCCCCGGAUGAUGCCUGGCGCUGCCCCCACUGCAAGCAGCUGCAGCAAGGCCACAUCAAGCUCAGCCUGUGGACCCUGCCUGAUGUGCUCAUACUGCACCUCAAGAGGUUCAGACAGGAGGCUGACAGGAGGGUGAAGAUGCAGAACAUGGUGCGGUUCCCUCUGCUUGGCAUGGACAUGGCUCCUCACAUGGUGAAGAGGUCCCAGAGCAGCUGGAGCCUGCCCUCUCACUGGUCACCAUGGAGACGACCCUACGGCCUUGGGCGUAACCCUGACGACUACCUGUACGACCUGUACGCCGUCUGCAAUCACCACGGAAACAUGCACGGAGGACACUACACAGCUUACUGUAAGAACUCUGUUGACGGCCAGUGGUACUGCUUUGACGACAGUGAGGUCCAGCCCGUCGCUGAUGAUGAUGUGUGUCAGCAGACGGCCUACAUCUUGUUCUACCAGAGGAGGAACACGAUCCCCUCCUGGUCCGCCAACAGCUCCGUAGCAGGCUCCACCAGCUCAUCUCUGUGUGACCACUGGGUGAACCGUCUCCAAGGCAGCAGGCCUGCCAGCCUGGCUUCCGGGGCCUCCUCCAGACGCACCUCUCUGGUCUCCCUGGGCGAGUCGGUGGAGUUCACCACAGGGGACCGCAGCGAAGAUGACGGUGGAUUUUCGACCCGUCCCUUUGUUCGGAGCAUCCAGCGUCAGAGCUUAUCUUCCAGAUCAUCCAUUGCCAGUCCUCUGGCCUUCAGUGAGAACAGCAUGAAGCCCUCCUGGUCCCUCUCUGCCAAGCUCCAUAUGAGGUCUAACUCCCCCUCACGCUUCUCCCUGGACUCACGCUCCUCUCCCCCCUUGGAGAGGAUAGGAGAGAGGGGAGAGGCCUGUGAUGACAAGGUAUCCACAUCUUGCUUCGGUAGCUACAGCCGGCAUGAGCGCUACCCUGGUGGCAGGGCCCCCUUGGCCAUGAUGGAGGGGAACAGCACCGACCAGGACCAUGGCAGGAGGAUCCUAGACGAAGUCUACUGCAGGGCCCCCACGCCGGCCGAUAAGAAGAGCUCCAAGAGUGACCCGACGGACAACAACAACCAAAUAACAGCCCUGGACCAAAACGCACAAGCCUCCCUGUCGAAAGAGCAGAAACGCAAGAGCAGCACCGCCGGAUCUGCCCCGAAGUUAGAGAGCGCCGGGUCCAAAAAGAGUUCCACCAAGUCUGAGCCAGAGAGAAACUCCAAGAAGCGCCAGUGUUCGUUCUCCACCCCCAACUCCUCUACAUCCCAAAUGUCUUCCAGCCCUGUGGUGAAGGGCCCCAAGGUGACCAACUCUAAAGACAAGACCACCAGCAGCAGCACCGCUACGCCCACCAGGACCCCGUCCAAAAAGAAAGUGUCUUUGUCUUCCAAGGGUUCUGACUCGGCAGCUGGAACCCCCCAGUGCAAGCAGCGCAUCUCCACGCCGCAGUCCUCCGCUUCCCCCUCCCCCACCGUAAAGAAGAGUGCCUCUGGCCUUGAGAAGAGCACCUCUGGUCGGAAGAAGCUGCUGGAGAGGAGCUGCAGUCGGGACUCAGGGUUGGUAAGCCCUCUGGUUGAUAGACCACGUUGGGGCAGCAACGCUGCAGCCAGGACCCCCACCAAGACCGCUGCAGAGGGGGUCCGUCCAGAGAGGUUUUUGCGGAGUUCCAUCAGCAGCUCCUCUGUCACCAGCCUGCGCUCCCCCAGCGUCUCCUGCAGGGACCCUAGGCACAGCAGCAAGUCAGAGGACAAGGGCUUGUCGUUCUUCAAGAACGCCCUGCGCCAGAGAGAGUCCCGCCGGUCGGCCGAUCUGGGUAAGACCAGCAUCCUGGUCAAGAAGGCCUCUGAGAGGACAGCCAGGCUGAGCGUUCAGGAGGAGGAUGGGUCGGCCAAUGCCUCAGAGCAUCAUGUGAACGAGGUUGUCACUGAGGUAAAGGAGUCCUCCAAGCCCUCCACCCCAGUCAGACGCUCUCUGUUACCUAUUAUAGGCAAAUCUAAGUCUUCCACUUCUGAAUCCAGUCUUAAUUCUCCCCCCAAUGGGAAAAAGCCUCUUGAGAAGCAGGCGUCCUCCAGAAAGCUUUCUGCCAUGCAAUCUUCUGCACGCCCAACACAGAAGCCUCAAUGACAUCAUAUAUCGAUAGCAGUCUCAUUGUUUUAUGUACGCAGCAAUUUUUUUUUUUUUCCAUGUGCCUAAGAUAUAAAUAUAUAUAGAUUGAGAGAGUAUAUAAUAUAUAUAUAUAUAUAUAUAUAUAUAUAUAUAUAUAUAUAUAUAUAUAUAUAUAUAUAUAUAUAUAUAUAUAUAUAUAUGUACUUGUAUUUUUCUUUUCAUAAGCAAGAUGUAAAUUAUCAAAAGCGCCUUUCUAUCCUGUCAUGGAACCAAAUCAUUGCCUUUGGCAAAGUGUGGUAUUAGUAUACUACUGUACACAAAACUGAAUAGGAAUGUUUUAAGAUAGCACUUUGUAAAUACAGUAUGGAAUAUUUUUCUCCAGAACAACGCUAUACAGUAACUUAGUAAACAAAAAAUCUAUUACUGUCAAUUUUUAUGUAAUACUUUUACAUGGUUUAAAAAGGUCACGUGAAACUAGAGUAACGGGUCAGGGACUUGACAUUUAAGGCUGUUAAGGGUACACUAGUCUUAAGAUAGUUUGUGGAGUAGUCUAAAAUGUUACUCCUUUUCUACACCUGGUGCUGUUCAAAGGGCAAUACUGGCACUGUUUGAAAUAUUUAAAAUGCUGAGGUUCUGAAAUAUAAAAAAAACAAUCUAUGUCAGGGGUCGGCAACAGGCGUCCUGUGGUGCGAAACCGCCCAGGAAGUGAUUUUUUUGGGGGGUGUUGUGGGACUACCCAAAGUUUUUAGUAUAAACAAAUAUAUGUAUGUAUUUUGGGAAUUAAGUUUUUGGUAAAAAAAAAAAAAGGUGUUUAGUUUAGGAAAAGAGACGUGAUCGUGUCUCAAUGUAAUCAAGAUAUGAAAUGAUUGUAUUUGAGAACAAUCUUUUUUUGGGGGCCUUAGUUGUGGUCAAUUUGCAGUGUACAAAUGAUUCUAAUUAUGUCCCCCCCCCCCCCCCCCCCCCCAACCACCCGCGGCUGAAUCUAGUUGCCUACCCCUGAUCUAGGUGUUACCAGCCCCGGUAGCACCUCAACCUGUGGUACCUCAUGAGAGAUUAACGUUUCUGCCAUGUUUGGAAUAGCAAACAGAGGCUGCUGUAUUGUACUGAUAAAAUCCAACACCGCUCAUUUAAGUUGAACAUUUGUGCUUAUUUGCCUUUGUCCUGUCUUCGGAUGAAGUCAAUUCAAUCUAAAUAAUGCACACUGCACUGAACGUUUUGCUAUUCUUUGCUGUUUACUUGAAGCAUACCUACGUAACUGUACCCCUGUCAGGCCCUGCAUGGGAUGUUCUCCUUAGUUGAAUGAUAGUUUGACGAGUCAUUUCAGUCAGAUCUGGUGCCACCCCCCAUAUCUGCAAAGCUUUUCUAGCUGUAGCUUUGACCUGUUACUGAACUCUCCCUGUGUCUUGCUGUAACCCGUUUGGUAAUCUUCCAAGCCCAAGCUUUUCGGUGCAAUAGUUCUCAACUGUUCAUGCAAUCGUUCAUCAGUCUUAACUUUAAUUAUGAUUCAAAAUACCAGGGUAAACCUUUUUGCUGGUCUGGUUGUAACAUAUUGAAAUCUUCAGAGACCCUUCUACUGAAAUGGCAUAUUUUGUAAUAUUUCGCUUGCUGACAAUGUAAGAGACCCAGUUUCUCCAGGGUCUUGAGAUUUGCUAUCUCUAACCUACUGCACCAAGUUUAAUAUUAAACCCCAUUGCAGAUAUUUUGCUGCCUAUAGCGACAGUUUGCCUCAAAGUGAAAACCCCCACUGUUACAUAUGAACUAUUAACAUUAAUGAUUGUGUAGGGAUUCAGCAACAGUCUGACAACCUGUCACUUGUUAUUGUUGCCCAUGGCUACGCUGUCAUUAAGUGAGCUGCUGCUACAAACACUGUUGAAAUGGUGGGCUUUUGAAAGAAUAGCAGCUCUAGUUCACUGACUUACUUUGCCUUGACCUGAGGGGGUAUACCACAAAGCAGAAUCAAUGAGUUCGCCAGCUAACUUUGAUAAGCAACCAGAAAUAACUAUUGAUAUUAUGGUUAAUGAAAUCAAUUAGAGCAUACCCAUUUCAAACGUAACUUUUUAUUUUGUAGAAAGAUAUCAGAAUAUUUAUGCAAGUUAGCUGGCUAACUCCAUGAUCCUGCGUUAUAGUUUACCCUUCUGAAGGCUUGUGUUGACUUCCAGAUUUAAUGUCUUGGCCUAAGAUCUAGUUUAUCAUGAGCUUGAGUCUCACUGAUGACCCGGGUUCCAAACCAGUUCGGUUACCCUGUUGCCAUGUUACGAAUACAUAGAACCACACCUCUCACAUCUUUCACAAAAUGUCCAUUAAAAAUAUUCUCAACGUUUAGGUGAUGAAAAGCUUUGUUAUUUUAUGGCCCAUCUUUGAAUAUAUAUUUUAUUAGUGAAAUCAGCUGCCUGCAACAAUAUUAUUAUUUUUGGCUUUUAAGUAUAUGGUUGUGCCACUGUGUUGUCAAUCGAUGGAAACAACCAUUUCAACACUGUGGAAAGCAGUAUUGCAUGAUAACUCUAACGCAUGCAUGUCCUUAACUAUGCAAUAGAUUGUUGCUAUGUGAACCAGAGAGUAAAUGUACAAUAUAUCCUAUCUUCCAAAUGCCAGCAAUGGAGAGCAUGGUUAGUGUCUUCCAUUGCUUUAAUUGCACACUUAUGUUUUAGGGUUUUCAUUACACUUCUUUUUUACAUGCGAGAAUGUUACCACAUUGUGAAACGGAUGUAACCCAAAAUCUUUAAGAUGCUGAACAUUUUGUAUUUGUCUUGUUUUCUAACUUAAGUUUACACUAAAUUGAUUUAGUCUUGUGAUUGUUAAGGGAUUGUCUCUACCUUUUAAAAAAACAUUUUUUUACAUUCAUUUUCAUUGUGUCUAUGUUGUUUUCCACUAUGCUGGAGUACGUGUUCAAAGGGUGCUCUCUUUUUAAAGAGCAGGUUAUCAGUCUUCUCCUUGCCCUCUUGUUCACCAGCAAGGAUUUCAUUAUUAACACUACAGACUGACUCCAUCUGUAGCUCAGUCAUCUCAUGUGUUGCCUGUGCACUCUGCUCUCAUUUCACUGUUCUAUGAGCUGUUAGAUUUAGGUAUGAAAGGCAUGCCAGUUAAUGGAUGAAUGUCAUUAUUAAACAACGGGAGUGUUUUAACAUUUUUUAAAGAAUACUUUUGGUCUCGUAGUUGCCAUAAAGACACCUGUUGUGGCAUAGACUACUAGAGUAUAUAUGUGUCUAGGGCAGGGCUCUCAAACCCUGUUCCUGGAGAGCUAACCUCCGUGUAGGUUUCUGCUUCAACCCCUGUUGUAACCCGAUUCUGCUUAUCAAUCAGCUAAUUAUUAGAAUCAGGUGUGCUAGAUGAGGGUUGGAGGGAAAACCUACGGGAUGGUUUUCCGGAACAGGGUUGGAGAACCCUGGUCUAGGACAUCUGACAUAGUGGUAGCUAAUUAGAUAGUAUAAAUACCAUGUCAUUAAUCAGUCAUAUGGAAUUUGAUUCAUUCUUCUCUCCUUGAAUGACACACUGGACUUUAGAUACUGAUUAGCGAAUAGUACCAGGCAGCAGCCCACGUUUCUACAAUGCUACAAUAACACUAUCUUAGUGGUUAUCUGUACAGUAGUCUUCUGGAAGUAGUUCAAAACGAGUCCAGGGAAAUAUUUGAUGAUGAAAUAAGUUUGGGGAAGUGCAUGAGACUGCGUCAAACCUUUUUUAUGUUAAUUUAUUUGUAUGUUUUGUUUAUGAUGCAUUUAUUUUAUAAAGAACGCAUUUCUUUGAAAGAGACAUUAUGUUGCUUUACCAAUGCAAGAACAACAUGUACAAUGUAAUAAAAAAAACAUAUGUAAAGCAA